AGAGAGACACCUUCGACUUGGUGAUCAUGGAGCGGAUGCCAUCCCAGGCUUUCUUCGGCCUGGUCCACAACGCGGGUUCGCCUCCGCUGGUGGGCAUGAUCACGCUGCCGGCGUUCGCGCCCGUCUACCACGCCAUGGGUAACCUCAUGAACCCGGCCUACUCGCCCGACGUCUGGGUCGGGUACUCCGACCACAUGAGCUUCUGGCAGCGUGCGUAUAACGCUUACUUCCAGCUGAGGUUCUGUUACAUGUGGUACUUCCAGAUACAGCCGACCGAGGAGGCGAUCAUGAGGCAGUACUUCGGACCGGGACCCCCGCCAGUGCACGAGACGGAGCGAAACGUGAGCUUCCUCAUCGUCAACAGUCACUUUUCCGUCGACUACCCACGUCCCCUUUUACCUAACAUCGUAGAGAUCACUGGGAUCCAUGUGCAGACGCAGACUAAGCCAUUGCCGAAGGAUAUCCAGGAGUUUAUUGACGGGACAGAGCACGGUCUGAUAUACAUGAGUCUGGGUUCCAAUGUCAGGAGCAGCGGUUUGCCGUGGCAGAAAGUCCAGGCCUUCCUGGACGCCUUUCGCGAACUCCCACAGCGCAUCCUCUGGAAGUGGGAGAACAAGACCCUACCCGGACAGCCACCAAACGUGAUGGCCAGCGAGUGGUUGCCUCAGCAGGACAUACUAGCUCACCGAAAAGUGCGCCUCUUCAUCACACAGGGAGGCCUUCAGAGCAUGAACGAAGCGAUGUAUCACGCAGUUCCCUUUCUUGCCAUUCCGUUCUUUGCUGACCAACCGUACAAUGUGGCCAAGAUUGUGCAAGCUGAACUUGGAGUCUCUCUGCAAUUCAACGAUCUCACAAAGGACUCCAUACUUCAACAUUCGCGAGCUGUUCUAGAGAAUCAAAGGUACAAAGAGAACAUGAACAGGCUAUCAGAGAUAUUCCGCGAGCACCAGGCGGACUCUUUGGAGCGCGCCGUGUGGUGGGUGGAGUACGUGAUACGUCACAAGGGGGCCCCGCACAUGCGCAGUGCUGCCCUCGACCUGCACUGGUGGCAGCUGCUACUACUCGACGUCAUCGCUUUCAUCUUGCUGUCAACGUGCGCCGUUAUGUACGCCGCCUUCUACUUCAUACGGCAGAUCACUGUUGCGAUGAAGGAUACUAAGAGAAAAGAUAAGAAACAGUUGUGAUGUACGACGCCUCUAUUUAGCUGUUUAAUCACGUUUCUCAUACUGAACUGCCUCAUAUGUUGAAGAGUGUACUCUUCUUUCUAAGUAUGAUUCAUGCUAUAAA